AUGCGACGGCUCAAGCUUCGGCCUCUGCGAGUACCCCGUCGGUUCCAGACGUCCGAGCAGAUGUCCCAGCACCCGGCCACGUCCGGCAUGCGCAAGGGCGAGCUCCUCUCGGAGCUGGCGCUAUGGGACGAGGACGGCACCCACAUGACGUGCGACAUGCUGCGGGCCCGGCUUCGCCAGAUUUACAAGGCGAUGCCAGUCGGUGGUGCGCCUGUGCGCCACAAGAAGAAGGCCGAGCUUGUCGAGGACGCGACGACCAUGGGCUGCGUCCUGACGGGCAAGGAGACGCGCGGGGACCUCCAGAUCCUGAUCACGGAGAAGUACGAGCAGUCCUUGGUGAUGGUCAAGGGCACCGACAUGAUGCCGUUCGGCCGCCACAGGAGGCUAACGGUCCAGGAGCUACUGGAGAAGGAGCGGGAGUAUGCCGGGUGGUUGGUGAGCCUGGACAACCCGCGCUUCAAGCGUCUCACGGACUGGCUGAUCUCCAAGGGGGUCAAGUCCGAGGACAUGAUGAACCAGCUCGAGCUGCCUCAGCCCAAGGUGAAGGUGGGGAAGCUCGAGAAGACGGAGGGCCCGUGGCUGCUGAUCAAGGAUCAGUCGCCCCAGCGUCCGAAGGUGAAGCGCUCUCUGACCGAGGAGACCGCCGCGAUGGACACCACGGGGAAGUCCAAGGACGACCAGAUUAUAGACCUGCUCGGGGAAAUGAAGAUGGCCGUGAACGCGCUCACGACCAGGGUGCAGAAGGCGACCUGGCUGGCGGGGUGCCUGGACAAGAGUGUGACGCCAGCCUGGACGCUCCUGACCGGGGCUGCAAGAGUCAAGCUAAUGGAGGUCUGCUGCUCACCAGCGUCAGGCAAUAACAAUUUCAAUCGUAACAAGCCGGAGGUCUGGGAGCAGGUCCUCCAGAGUCGAAAGAAGUCCAAGCGCCUGAUUCGGAACUGCCUGACACUCGUCAUGGACCAGGUGGCGGAUCGGGGCCAUGUGCAUUGGGAGUGGCCAAAGGAUCUCCAGCCGUAUCGGUGGCCGGAGCUGAAGCAGGUCUUCAGGGAGUGCGACAUGCGUCCGGUGGUCUGCGAUGGCUGCAUGCUGGGCGUCAAGGCUCGGGACACCGGGAUGCCGAUGGUCAAGCCCUGGGAGAUCUGGACCACCUCCGAUCGGAUGUGCCAACGUAUGGCUAUCAGGUGUGAUGGACGUCAUGGGCACAGCCCAUGCGUGGGGGGUGCAAGGACGGCGGCCACCGCGUACUACCCAGAAGCGUUCGUCAGGAGGGCGGCCAGAGCCAUGUUGGAGGAGCCCAAGAUGGAGGAGAUCUGCAACGUCGUGCGAGAGUUCGAGGCAGCGGACGAGGAGACCGACACUGUCUACGCCGUGAACGCCUCGAAGACAGGGAUCGAUCCCGACGAGCUCCGGAAGGUGGAGAUUGCGGCGAGACGGAUUCACGCAGCCUGUGGGCACUGUCCGUUCGUUCAAGUAGCCAGGUCAUUGGCGGCGCGAGGUGCUGAUAAGCGGAUCGUGGAGCACGUAAAGAACAUGCGGUGUCCCGCCUGCGACGAGAGCCAGAAGCACGGACCGCCACGACCAGUCGGCUCGGCGGAUGAAGUACCGAAGAAGUGGGCCGUCUUACAGAGCGACUUAGCAGAGUGGGAGAACCCGUGCAGCAACGAGAAGUUCAAGCUGGCCCUGUACCUCGAUCAGGGGUCGAGGCUCGGAGUGGGACACGUCUUGUUCAAGAUGGUCAAGAGCAAGAACGCGACGGCCGAAGAGUUGAAGGACUCAAUCUGGAGCAGAUGGAUCGCUUAUUUCGGCCGGCCGAGAGUUUUUCAAGUCGAUCCCGAGGGUGCGUGGAUGAGCAAGGUCAUCCGGGAAAACUUGGAGUCGAGCGGCAUCCAGAUGGAUCCCAUUCCCGGACAAGCGCACUGGCAGAUCGGAGGUAUCGAGCGGCUCAUCGGCCUCAUCAAGGACCUCAUGACUGUACUGGCUCGGGAGUGUCCAGGAAGGUCGUGCGAGGAAUACCUGGCGCGCGCGAUGGCGGCUUACAACGAGUUCGACCGGCACCGAGGUUUCUCACCGCUGCAGGUGGCCCUUGGCAGGGCUCCAGACCUCGACGGGUCGUUCAUGGAUGCUCCGGGUGAUCCAGUCAACCUUCCGGCACUGGAGUCUGAGGCGGUCGACGCCGAGUUCGGGGAGAAUUUCAAGUUCAUGCGGCAGGCGCAGGAAGCUAUGCUUAGAUGGAUCUAUGCCGAGCGAGCUCGUCGUGCCAGCCAUGCGAGGUCUCGAAAGUUGAAGGUUUACACUCCAGGUACGUUGGUGUAUUAUUUCAGGAACCCGAAGAGCAGCUCCAUGACGGGCAGAUUUUACGGUCCGGCCCGGGUCCUGGCUACUGAGACUGUUCAUCGGGACGGCGAAGUUCAACCUCGGCCUCGGGUGUGGCUGAAUGCCUGUGGUCGCCUCAUCCGUUGUGAUCCUUGCCAGCUCCGUGAUGCGUCUGAUCGUGAGGUGGCCGAGCACGAGAUCAUACACGGUACCGAGCUGCCCUGGACGUUCAACAGCAUGACUCAGGGUCUCAGAGCAGGCCAGUAUGAGGACUUAGCCGACGACCCGCGCCUGAUCCCGAGCGACACGGAGUAUGUUGAUGCGGGUGGCGAUCACUACGGCAAGGCGCGGUCGGACAGGCAGAGGCGACGUGAUCAGACGGAGGAGCAGGGUUUGACAGCCGAGUCCACGCCCUUCGAGUGCUUCUGGAGCCGGGAGGACAAUGCCAUCGAGGUGGAGAUCAGUCUUCCUGAAGGUGCCCGAGGUGGGCAUGCUAUUCGUGACCUGUCGGUGUUCGUGGCCACCCAGCUCCGACGUCAACGUGCUGAGGUCCGGGAGCGAACCCUGACCGCCGAGGAUCUGGAAAAGUUCAGGAAGGCCAAGACGAAGGAGGCGCAGGAGUGGAUCAAGGAAAUGGUCUUGGAGGGUCUGCCGAGUCAUGUCACUGCUCCCAGUGACCGACUGAUGCGCCUCAGGUGGGUUCUGACGUGGAAGAUCGAUCCUGCUGAACCAGGGGGUCGACGUGCCAAGGCCCGUUUGGUGAUACUCGGUUUCCAGGACCCCGACCUCACCACCGAGGAGUCAUACGCGCCGACAGCGACCAGGACUGCCCGGCAGGUGUUUCUGCAGAAGGCGGCGAACCUGAAGAUGUGGGUGGCCAAGGGGGACGUGAAGUCCGCGUUCUUGCAGGGCGAGGAGCUUGAUCGGGACCUGUUCGUCAAGCCCACGGGCGAGAUUGCGGAGAUGCUGGGCCUGCGCUCGGGCCAAGCAGCCAUCCUGAAGAAGUCGGCCUACGGCUUGGUGCAAGCACCUCGAGCAUGGCACCAGGCGGUGAAUCGGAAGCUGAAGGAUCUGGGUUGGCGACAACUGGAGUCAGAUCCAUGCGUGUGGGUUUUGACCAGUCCCUCGACGGCCGACGGCCCGGACUACAUCGUGGCCAUCGCCCUGUCCCACGUGGAUGAUUUUCUGUUCGCCGGCCGCGAGGCGGACAAGAUCUGGCUCGAGGCCCGACGUCAGGUGAUGGGGGCUUUCAGGUGGACCGAGUGGGAGUACGACACUUUCACGCAGUGCGGCGUCGACAUCUCUCAGAAGGCUGAUUUCGGUUUCACUCUGAGUCAGGCCACUUACACGGAGCAGAUCGAGGAGAUCGAGGUUCCAGCUGAGCGACGGCGACAACCUUCGGCGCCGGUGACAGCAACGGAGAAGAGCCAGUUUCGAGCAGCAACCGGGAGCCUACAGUGGAAGGGCACGCAGACUGGUCCAGAUAUCCUGGCCGAGCUGAGUCUCCUGCAGAGCAAGACGGAGUCAUGCACGGUGGACGACCUUCUGAAGGUCAACAAGCUGAUCAAGCGGGCCAAGGAGACCAAGUGCCGGGUGCUGGAGAUCUUCCCAUUCUCCGAGUGCGAGCUGGCUGUCGUCGGCUGGGGUGACGCCGCGUUCGGCAACCGCGUGGACGGCAAGUCGACCGAGGGCCGCGUGGUAGGUAUCGUGCCCCUGUGCUUCUUGUCCGGCGAGGAGACAGGCGUGUCCCUGAUAAGUUGGAGGUCAGGCAAAGUCGAGCGCACGUGUCGGUCACCGCCAGCUGCAGAAGUUUCAGCCACAGUCAAUACGGAGGACGAGGUUACAUUCGUGAGGUUUCUCUUGGCUGAGUUGUCGGGAUGGAAACCAAAUCUCAGAGACCCCUGGGCCCAAGUUCGAAGGAUCCCGGGAUGCCUCAUUACCGACUCGAAGAACCUGUACGAUCGUUUACGGUGUCCGGAGAAGCUCAUGGGGGGCAAGGAGUUCAGGACUGGUCUGGAGUUGCUCGCCCUGAGGGACGGUAUCGUCGCCUGUGAGUGCCCUGUGAGGUGGGUGCACAGUGAUGCCAUGCUCGCGAAUAGUCUCACGAAGGGCCAUGAGCGGUGGCAACUAGAGCUGUUUUUCAGUAACAAGUGUAAGUGGCGUCUGGUGUACGACCAGAUGUUCGAGUCUGCGAAGAA